AUGGCAUCCAAAUCAACCCCAGGCAUCUUGUAUGUCACCAUGCAACCCAAAGACGGUUUGCCAGACGCUCAAUUCCACGAUUGGUACCAGAACGAACACGGCCCCAAUCGGCUGCGCCUCCCUUUUUGCAAAAAUGGCUUCCGCUACCGUGCCACUGAUCUUGAACAUGCACCCGGUACCAAGGAUAAGCCUGAGUGGAUGGCCAUCUACGAUUUCGACGAGCUGGAGUGGCUGACGCGCGAGCCGUACAUGAAGCUCAGGAGUGCGCCUGUACAGUCGCAACGAGAGAGGGAUGCUAUGAAGCAGAUCUUUGUGGAUAGGCGGAGUUAUGAUUUGCUUGGGGAGUGGAAGGGUGAUCAGUUCAAGGACCUGCAAAAAGUGGAGAAUGAGGGCGAGAAGAAUGUCAUGGUCACUGUCAGCUUCUCACUACAAGACGGCGAAGGGAAAGAGGAAGAACUGAAGAAGUGGUAUGAAGAGGAACAUGUCCCAAUGCUACAAAAAGUUCCUGGCUGGCGCAGAACAAGGAGAUUCGAGACGAGCUAUCUGGAUCUGGAGAGUGGGCAUAGGAAAGACAAGGAGUUUCUCGCGCUGCAUGAGUAUGCGCCCGAGAACGGACUGGGAGGACCAGAGUUCCAGGCUGCCAUCUCGACCGAGUGGUGCAAUAAAAUCUACAGAGACGUAGUCAAAGAGCGCAAGAGGAGGGUGUACGACCUGUACUACACCUUCGGAGCCGCGCAGCGUGAUCUCAAAAGCCUUGAGUCAAAAGACGCAGUUCAAGCAGAGGUCACAGAAGGCUCAGUAAAGACAUAUCCAGCACACACCACACCCGACCACCGCCCAGUAAUCGAGAGCUUCAUAACGACACCCGACGGCGUCUCCCUCCCCUACCGUCUGGAAGGCUGCUCCGACCCGAACGCGCCCCUCCUCGUCCUCUCAAACAGCAUACUAACGGACUAUGGUAUCUGGGACGAGUUCGUAACGCACUUUGCCCGGCUCACACAGAACAAAUACCAAAUCCUGCGUUACAACACACGAGGUCGCAACACACUCCCCGCAAACUCAUCUGCCCCCAUCACCAUUCACACACUGACCACAGACGUCAUCACCCUGCUCGACGCGCUCCGCGCAAAGCAAGCCAGCAUCGUUGGCGUCUCCCUCGGCGGCGCAACCGCACUCAACGCCGGUCUCGAGCAUCCAGACCGCAUCCAAGCCUUCAUCGGCUGCGACACCAAUGCCUUCGCCCCCGCCUCCAACGCCACCGCCUGGAACGAGCGUGUCGCGCUUUCGGAGAAGGAAAACCUCAUCUCCCCGACCACGGGCGAACCGCUCGUCGGCGAGGCAUUGGCAGAAGCCACCACGCGUCGCUGGUUCGUCAAGGAAUCCUACGACGACCCCGAACUGGCACAGAGGAUUGAAAGGGUCAAGCACAUGGUUAAGAGUAAUUCUCUGCCAGGUUUUAGGGACAGCGUCAAGGCCCUGCAUGCAUACGAUAUCCGUGGCAAGAUGGCGGCGUUCAAGGGCAAGGCUGCGUUCUUGGUUGGCGCGGGGGAUGGUGUGUUACCCAAGACUAUGCGGGAGAAUAUGGCGGAUAAGUUGGGCGAAGGGGUCGAGUUGAAGGUUGUGGAUGGGGCGGGGCAUUUGCCAAUGGUGGAAAGGCCCAAAGAGGUUGCUGAGUUUGUGGCUAAGUUUUUGGGCUGA